UGGACAUAUGAAACUAGGAGAGCGAGGCAAUAUGCUCUAGUUCCCUUUUGGCCCUUUGGCCCACCCCAUAGGUCCUCACUUUAGUGUUCACAGAUCUGAGACUGACUGGAUCAUUUAGUCUAUAUUUUCACCUAGGGAUUGUUGGAGACUUUUCCUUAUAUUUUCCAUAUCCAGUCUUGUAAAUACCAAAGAGAAACAGCUGGGGGAAAGGGUAAUGAAGGGGCAGAAAAUGAAAUGUGUUGUAGCCCACUUCGCUGUUUCUGGAUCAGCUCUCGGUCUAUUUUCUGGGGCUUAUUCAGGUGAUUGAAAUGUUCACAUCGUUGCAGAUAGAAAUACAACGUAAAAGACUAAGAACAUGCUGUAAUCAUUAGGAACAGUAGGGAGCAGUGUAUUCUCAAAAUGUUUGUUUGCAUAGUUCUAGGCGUUUGAACACACCCCUGUCAAAAUUGUAACAGUUGGGUGGAGGACAGCCGAAACUUAACUUGAGGAGACGGAGGCAGGGAAGUAGGCUACAAAGUAACAGUUUGGCGGAUGACAUUGAAAGCAGAAAAAAGGGGAAAUGUCUUCGGGGUACAAAUCUUGGAUACUGCUUACAGGUUUUAUACUGUUCUAUGUUGCGUAUCUGUUGCUUGGAGCGCUCGUUUUCUCCACCAUCGAACGGCCGGUGGAGGACAAACUAAAAAGAGACAUACAAGUCCUGAAAGAAGAGUUUCUCAACCAAAGUUGCGUCAAUGCAACAUCACUUGAAAACUUUUUGGAGAGAGUUUUACAAGCCAACAAAUAUGGAGUAUCUAUCCUUCCGAAUUCUUCUGCGAGUUCAAAUUGGGACUUGGCUUCCUCUUUGUUCUUCGCCAACACUUUAGUAACGACAGUCGGAUAUGGGCACACUACGCCCCUGUCGGACACAGGCAAAGCCUUCUCCAUCUUCUACGCCCUGCUGGGAGUGCCCUUCACCAUGCUGGUGCUCACCGCCUGUGUCCAGAGGCUCAUGCACCUGGUGACCUACGGACCCAUCGGUAUGUGCCGCCAGAGGAUCGGCCUGGACCCUCUCGCCGCCACUGCCAUCCACUUUGCCAUCCUGCUGCUGCUGGUGGUGCUGGGCUUCUUCGUGGUACCCGCCGUGGUGUUCAGCCACAUCGAGGACACCUGGUCCUUCCUGGACGCCAUAUACUUCUGCUUCAUCACACUGUGUACCAUCGGCCUGGGUGACUAUGUGCCUGGCGAGAAGCCCGGACAGAAGUUCAGAUCGCUCUAUAAGAUCUCUGUGAUGGUGUACCUGUUUGUAGGGCUGAUGAUGAUGUACUUGGUCCUACGUGCCUUCCACCGGAUGGCCGACCUGCAUGGCCUGACUUCUUUCUUCCAGCUCCCCCACUGUGACGAGGAUAUAGAGGAGGACAAGGAGCCCAUCAUCGAGGCCGGCCCUGAGGACCAGCAUGAGGCAGAGGCCUCGGCCAAGCCCCUGGAUCCGGCCUCCCAGACCUCCUAUAACACCAUCAACCGAUAAGGACUCACUCCACUCUGACCCGUUCUCCUUUACAUCAGUCAGGUCAAACAGCUAAACAACUGUCACUGUUUUACAGCAACACAGGGAUGAGUUUAAAACCAGACCCUACAUAGGCACCAAAGACUAUCUUUACUGCUGUGAGGCAACUCACGGCUCAGGUCAGACCUUCCUGCUACGACAGCUCAACUAAACCAAAAACUCUACAGAUGCACCAUUGCACCCAGUUGACACUUGGCAAGGGUUGUUCGUCAAGGUGGGAAAAGGUUGUUGUUCCAUAACCCGCAGAGAACACUUCUGGUUGGGACUGAUUCUGAUUAUUUAUAACUUUUUUGUUGUUGUUUCAGACCAAAAAAUAUAUACGUUUAUCAUAUACCGAUAUUUUCUUGUGGAUGUAUUUUAAUGUACCCUUUUGUGGUUUUAGGUCAGGGUUGAUCAAGGAAGGUCAUAUAGAAAUAUCUGAUAUUUCAAAACUAAACAAUCUCAUUAUAGUAGCCAUCUUUGAAAGAGUUUGUUGCCACUCCCCAGUAACUAUGUGAAAAAGCCAUUGCUUGAGACUUUGUCUUGAGUCAUAUGAUGGAGCACAUUCCCAGGACUAGCAUGGGCCUUCCCAACUUCGUUUGGCUUUGUUUUUGCCUGUGGUGUAACAUGAUCAAGUGUUUCAAAUAAAUUAUAAGUAUAUCAUCUGACGGAUAACAAAUUUAGGGAACAAAAGGAUUGAAAAUAAAAACCAAGUAUCUGUGUUCUGAUGUGUAGUUGUCAAUUGUUCAACUUUAGGAAGUGUCAUUCCUGUCAUUGUGAAAACUGUGACAGAGUAUGUACUUUAGCAUGUAUGAAAUUUGUCAGUUGCUACAUACAUUGAUAAUGUAAUAACUGCCAAUAAUGUAAUAACUUUUGCAUUUAUAAUGUAAUAAAUGCUGCUAAUGUAAUAAAUUGCUAAUAAUGUUUAUAACGCUAAUAAUGUUUUUGUGCAUAAUGUAAUAAUUAUUACAUUAUGCGUUGAUUAUUACAUUAUGAAGUGGGUAACUUAUGAAUGUAAUAAUUUUAGCCAAUGUAAUAACAAAAUGACUCGUGUUUGUUCAUGCA